AUGCAUCUUAUUCUCACAGGGGCAACUGGGCUAGUCGGGUCUUCGGUACUCGACGCUAUGCUAAAAAAUGCAGCAGUGUCCAAGAUCUCGAUCUUGAGCCGAAACCCCGUACGAAUGGCAGAAGACGCAAAGGAUCCACGUGUUCAUGUCAUUGCCCACAAAGACUUUGAAUCAUAUAAGCCAGAGCUGCUUGAUCAAUUGAAAGAUGCGGAUGGAUGUGUUUGGGCGCUGGGAACAAGUCAGACCAAUGUCACUAAAGAAGAAUACGUGAAGAUAACUAAGGACUAUACCCUGGCAGCUGCAAACGCAUUUUCCACAAUCAAGCCAUCAAAUCAUCCCUUCCGAUUUAUCCAUGUAUCCGGCGAAGGAGCCACACAGACACCUGGGCGAUUUUCGCCGAUCUUUGCGAGAGUAAAAGGGAACACUGAAACGCUUCUCGGGGAGCUAUCAGAGCAAAAGCCGAACUUCCGUGUCGACAGUGUGAGGCCUGCAUUCGUUGAUCCAGCAACGCACGAUUCCAUUAAACCGUAUAUCCCGUCUAGUGGAGUGACUGGAGUUGUCUCGAGAGCUGGGUUGGCUUUGCUUGCACCAGGGGUACGGUAUCUCAUGAAGUCGAUGCAUUCCCCAACGCAGCACCUCGGGUCAUUCUUGACCGAGAUGGCCAUGGGACGCUAUGAAGGAAGAUUGCAGGGUCCAGGGGUGUUCAAAUUGGGAGGAGGCUACGUCGUUGAGAACUUUGGAAUGCGAAGAAUAUUGGGGCUCUGA